GCUGGAGGCCACGUCAUGGGAAAUAAAUAUAUAAUCCCAUUCACCCACUGACAGGGAGCCGGAGCCGGCGGGACUAGAGCCAGCCCACUCGAGCCUAAAGAGAGGGACAGAGAGAGGGAUUGAGAGAGAGAGCGCCAGGCAGCUACAGCACAAUUCUUUAAGAAAUGCCGCCCUCAACAUCACCACCGCAGUACGCUCCCCCUGAUGGAGGAUGGGGCUGGGUCGUGGUCUUCGGAGCAUUCAUCUCUAUUGGAUUUUCCUAUGCAUUCCCCAAAGCCAUCACAGUGUUCUUCAAGGAAAUACAGGAGAUCUUCGGUACAUCGUAUAGCCAGAUAGCGUGGAUAUCAUCUAUCAUGCUGGCAGUCAUGUACGCAGGAGGCCCCAUAAGCAGUGUCCUGGUGAACAAAUAUGGCAGCAGGCCAGUCAUGAUGGCUGGAGGGGUACUGGCUUCCUUUGGAAUGGUUGCUUCUUCUUUCUGCAACAGUGUGCUAGAGCUUUACAUAUGUGUUGGAGUUAUUGGAGGUUUAGGCUUGGCUUUCAACUUGCAACCUGCUUUGACAAUGAUUGGGAAGUAUUUUUUCAAAAAACGUCCCAUUGCUAACGGACUGGCCAUGGCUGGGAGUCCAGUCUUUCUAAGUACUCUGGCACCUCUCAAUCAGUUUCUUUUUAAUGCUUUUGGCUGGAAAGGAAGCUUUCUCAUUUUGGGAGGUCUUCUUUUGAACUGCUGCGUAGCCGGGUCACUCAUGAGACCUGUUGAACCAAGCCCUGCUCCUGCUGCAAAAAAGGAUGUGGAAAGGGGGAAAGGAGAGUCCGCCUUGCACAAGAAUGACAAGAAAUCCAUUUGGCAAACCAUCAAUAAAUACUUAGAUUUAUCCCUCUUCAAACAUAGAGGCUUUCUCAUUUAUCUGUCUGGAAAUGUUAUUAUGUUUCUAGGCUUCUUUGCCCCGAUUGUAUUCUUAGCACCUUAUGCCAAGCACAAGGGAAUCGAUGAAUAUUCUGCGGCUUUUUUACUCUCCAUCUUGGCUUUUGUAGAUAUGUUUGCUAGACCGUCUAUGGGCCUCCUGGCAAACUCAAAAUACAUCCGUCCCAAAAUCCAAUACUUCUUUAGUUUUGCAGUUUUUUACAAUGGGGUGUGCCACAUCAUGUGCCCACUGGCCAAUGACUACACGGGACUUGUUGUGUAUGCAGUAUUUUUUGGUCUUGCCUUUGGAAUGGUUAGCAGUGUCCUUUUCGAAACAUUGAUGGACCUGGUUGGCGCUACAAGAUUUUCCAGUGCUGUUGGACUCGUCACAAUUGUAGAGUGCUGCCCUGUUCUCUUAGGUCCUCCAUUAGGAGGUUUACUUGUGGAUAUAACCAAAGAUUACAAAUACAUGUAUUUUGUCUGUGGCGUAAUUGUCAUUUUUGCGAGCAUUUGGCUGUUCAUUGGGAAUGCGAUCAAUUACAGACUUUUGGCAAAGGAGAAGAAAGUAGAAGAAGAAAGACAGAGAGCGCUAAAAAAUGCCGAUGCCAAGGAAGUAGAACCCUUGACGCACAAAGAGAGUGAAGAAACAGUCAGCAGAUCAAGCAAAAUGCAAGAUAAUCCUUCAGAAAGAGAAACAAAUAUCUAGCACAAAACCUGUUGUACAAAUACUCAUAUUUAUAACUUCCAUUAGAAGUAUUUCUUCAAGUACAGGCCAGGUUUUCUAGUAAUUAUAAUCAGUCACAAUACCGAAUGGGAAUAGAAGUUUCCAAAAAGUAAAAUCUAGGCCACAAUCCUGCUUAUUCUGUACAGAAAGAGAAAGGUGCUGAUAAAUUCUCUGUAGAAUUAUGCUAUAGCCUUUCCUAUCCCUCCUUACCAUGCUGCCCCUGCACUAGUAGCAACGUUGUUCUGCCAAGUAGGUAUUACAAUAUGGUCAAGUGGAAUUGUUCUCCACCUUGCCUUUGCUCCAAAUGAAUUUGUAUGUUAUGAUCCGACUUAGGAUGGGUUAUAUGAACUGCUGCAUUAUUGCAAUAUCCCAAAUAGAAAUGCUGGCACAGAUUUUAGGAUCAGGGUAUAACUGUUGAACAACAUGUUCAAAGCAACCAGUCACAUGUGCCUCCCAUGCAUACAAGCAGGGAUGUGAAAAUAUCCUCAGCUUUCUUUUCAUUAUGUUUUUCAAAAUUUCUUCAUCCUUGUCCUAUCUUGCUCAAGAUUCUUGUUGGGUCAUAUGAUUUCUUUUUCUCCCCAUAUGCAGAUUUGUAUCUAUGUUGGUAUCCACUAUUCCUAAUAUAUACAUUUUAACUUGUCUUUUGUAAUCUUUGUAUGUAUUUCUCCAGUCACUAAAAUGAAUCAUGUUUAUGAAUAUUUUUCAAAUGUAUAAAUAUUUUGCAUAUUUGCUUGCAUAUAAUUUGAACAAGAAAGGCAAAGUGGAGAAAAUGGAGGAUUGUAGUUUUCUCCUGAUCAUGGGAAAUCAUAGAUUAAAUAUACUGUAUUCAUUAGAAAGGAAACACAAAUCAUGCAAAUGUCUUUUCCAGACCUAUUUGCAUCUAGAGUUCAGAGGUAGCAUGGUUUGUGAGAGGAAUGAGCUGUUACUCUUACUGCUCUUCAUGCAUGGAUGAAGCAGGAUUGUGGCAUUAUAUUAUGUUUUAUUUUGGUGUCAAGAGCAUUAGAACUCCUGCUGAAAAUGGUGCAAGUGGGUCUGUUCAAAUACAGACUCUAAUUAGGUAGAGCUUUGAUUAUGGUCUUCCAGAAAUAAGGAUUUGUUUUUUUGCUCCAAAUGAAUUUCCAGUGCAACUUUCAUGUGCUUAUCUAGAAAAAGGAAGACAACAGUCUUAAUCUUCAAGAAAGAUAUUAGUGAAUGCCUAUUUGGACACUUAGAAGGAAAGAAUUUCUGAUCAUGAAGAUGAAACUUUUAAGGAUGGAGUAAAUGUUCACCUCUACCUGAGUAAAAAAAAAAAACGCACAAAACUGAAUCACUGUUGUAUAGUGCAUUUUCAGUAGAUCAAAACGGUCUAUUAUUUCUGAUAAAAACUAUGUGAAUUAUAGACACACACACAACCAGAUGUGGGAAAUUGUCAAUGUUAUUGCUAAAUGCAAUGCAUAUUAUGAUUACAGUGAAUAAGAGGAUCAUUUCCUUCUACUGUAAUAGAUUAGGAACUGUAUUUAAUGACCUGAUCCUAAGACAUGCAUUUUGACUUAGGAUGGGUUGCUGCAUCAUUGCAAUAUCCCAAAUAGAAAUGCUGGCACAGAUGUUUAGGAUCAGGGUAUAACUUUUGAACAACAUGUUGCCUUGUCGUCAUCACUUUACUUCACACAUGUUUGAAAUUUGUAGCAUUCAUGGUUCUUAAAAAAAGACCACUGCCACAUUACUAUCUAUUCUCAAGAAGUGGUUGUGAGGGCUUGCUACGCACAUUGAUUUCCCCUAAUGAAACUGCUGUCAACUCAACAUCAGUCCAUUACUGUGUUAGAAUUCAAAGGCUGUCAGGGACCAGAUAAAAUAAAUUUGAUGGCUACAUCCGGCACAUGGAUCACAAACUUAUGAUCUUUAUGAUCAUAGUCAGAAACUGCAAAUACAGUGCAAGCUCUUUCUUCCUCUGCAGGUAGAACCAAGUAUGUGAAGGCCAAAUAAAUAUUCUCAUUGGUGUCAUCCAGUUGUGGGCCAAUUGAAUCUGAAACAGUGGUGUAAUCCAGAAAGAAGCCUGAUGCAGAGGUUCAGGGCCUGUCAAUCUGGAAGUAUAAAGCAAGCCACUUAUUUCAAAGGUGCUCCUAUUGGUCACGUAAAGCAGAUAUUUCCAAAUCCUUGAAGAAAGCAGGUCAGCAGCAAUGGAUCAUGGGGAAAUGUUGUUGUUGGUUGGUUUUUGUAAAGGAAAAUAUAUUUUAAAGUCAAUUUUCCAAGCUUUUCUCCAUUGACAGACCCUUCUCCUAUUAAUAGAAUAAAUAAAUAGAUCACCUUAAUCAUUUAACUUGGAUAUCAUUGUCAGCCUGGCAGUACGAGGUAUGAUUACAGAGCAACCAUGAAGGGGAUCUUAAGUACAUCAUUUGAACUAGAUUUUAGUGUUUCUUCUUUAAUCUAUACAUCUCUUUCACUUCUAAUUAUACUGAGGAUAAUGGCUGGCAUCCUAUUGGUGACAUGUGCAGUUAUAGGUUCCCCUAGAGAAGUGAUUGGAUAGAGCAAAGGGUAUUUCUCUGAUUUGCUUACCUUGACCUUUAAUUCUGUAUGUACAAAGCACACAUAUUACUACCAGUGCUAGUUUAAGCUCUUUUGUUGCCUAAGGCAAACAACCAAAUGGAGUCCUAUCAUUACUACAAGUCCAGGUGAAUCAUAUGCAAAAGCACCCAAGUUCGUAACCAAGUCAGGCAAUCCCACCAUCUUUCUCCUUCUUGGACAGUAAAAACAAAGAAAUAGAUAGCAUUUUGCUACCUGUUCAGGAUAGCUGCCUUGAAGUGUCCACCUUAUCCUGCUUAUUGAUGGGGGCAGUGCACCACUGAGAGGCUGUGUUUUCUCUGCAGAAAUCACACUAAACACUCAUUCUUCAGUGUCAGAACAACAGUGAGCUUUCAGUUAGUCAUCUAGUUUAGUCUGCUUUAGACUUCAUUGCUUCAAGGAACCUAUGGAAACAGAUCAACUAGGAGCACCUUAGAGAAUUCGCAUACUUGCCUUCAUGGUUUUCCUCUAGAAUCAGUCUUUAUUUGCGCACAAUAGCUAGGAUCCUAAAGUCACUCCAUAUGUAACCCCCUCAGGUUUUGCCUUUUUGCCACAGUAUUUCUUCAGUGUUGUAGAGGCAAGCUACUGGUCCAUUGAAAAAGUGGUUUGUCACCUCUGCAGUGGAAAAAGCUGUGUGUGGUGAAACCAGCAAACAGAACUCUUGUGUACAGCACCCCACAGUAGCAAACAAAAUUCUUCCUUUUUCAUAUCUUCCGCUUGUGGAUCCCAGCUCAUAUGUAUUAUUUUGCUGGAAAAUGUAAAUAAUGAAGAUGCAAAACGUGAAUGUACAUGAACAAAAUGGAACAAAUCUUCAGCGCAAAAGAAUAAACUUUCCGCAGUUCUUUGCGAGCCUUCCUUUACCAGAAUGUAAUCUUCAUUAUUCAUAUCUUCUGGGAAUGUUUUUUUAUUGUGUUUGAUAAAUAAAAUUGAUUUUUAAUAGAUGAAAAAAUACUUCAACAAAUGAUUUUUUUCAGCAGCAGAAUACUUGACUUUUUUACUUUCUUCCACUCAUACAUUAAUAAAGAAUUCAUUAAAAGAGAAAAUUGCAAUAUUUUGCAAUUGCUGUACUACUCUGCUGUAUUAUUCUGCCACAGUCUUGUCUGAAAUAUUACUGCAUAUUUUAACUACUGUCAGAAUAUAAGGAAUCACCUUUUAAAAAAACAAACAAAAAAGAAUGUAUUUGUUGUAAUGAUUAUUUCUGAACAAACUGUACUUUGAAUUAUAGUUGCUUUAUUUUUAACUGGGUUUGCAUCUAGAAUAUUAAACAGACACCAAAUGUAAGCUUGCUAUGGUAAAAAAAAUGCUCUUGCGUGGCUUGCAAGUUCAUGGUCAUAUAUGAUGUUUGAGAUGUGCGGAGUGUGAGGGAAUAUAGCUUGGAGGAGUAUAACAGGGAUUUUUAAAGCUUGCAGACCAGAUCUACAAAUCAUCUAUGGUUCAAAUCCUAUAUCUAGUUUCCUAGAAUUCAGCCCCACUGAAUAAACAUAAAUCAAAUUUUACUGCAAGAAAGAGAUUGUGGUUCUUCUUGAUGUAUUCAUAUACAUUCAAGUCCUGACACAAUUAGAUUAGAAUAAGAACUCUGUUACAUGUUGGAGGGAAAAGAUCUGAACUGGGGAGCCUGCUGUGCUCUUGAAACUCCCAUGACUUCCAAUCUUGACUAUAUUUGUGUGAGGGCUGUAAGGCUACAAAAACCAUGAUAUCAUAGCCAUGUUGUCAACAAGAAUGUAGAAGAUGAAUUCCAUCAAACCAGAGCCUUUUCAAGUCACACUAACUGCUUUGCAGUGCUUUUGCUGAAACAGAUAGGAUUUAAACUAUUCUGCAGACUGUUUAUUCACAAUAAUGAAGUAUAUUGAAGUUGCCCAUGUUCUUUCUGUUUUGUUUUUGUUUUUGUUUUUUUAAAAAAAGAUCAAUCUAUUACUUUAUAAUGUCUUCCAAUGUAGUUUUAUAGUAAUGACAAAGUCAAUUCCCAUCAAGUACAGAGAACGGGCCAAAUUUCAUCAUCUAUUGGAGAUUUUCUGUAAGUAGACGUAAGAUAAAGAGGGGAAAAGGCAUAAUAUAGAUUUUUUAAAAACAUUGAAAAGUUCCUCACAUAGUCAAACUGGUUUCCCCAGCCAGGUGUAAUGAUGAGUUGAGAGACAAUGAAUAUUGUAUUGCCACACAUUUAGGGGGUUUAUUGGGAUGACGGUUAUAAUCCAAAAUAAGUCUAUCUUUAGAGGAGGCCAUUAGGUAAGAUGUUUUCAGAGUAGUCCAAAUUCCAAUCGCUACUGGCAAUGCAUAUUGAUUUUCUUACCCCUCUUUGUCUAAUCUACAUGAUAUCUCAAAGAGCUAGAAUCCAUAUUACUUCUAAAAGCAGGUAUCUUAAGGAAGUUGCUACUCUUUGUCCUCAUUUGUACAUUCUACUUGCUUAGUGAGGGAGACAGAACCAAGGAGCAACAUGGGAACAGAGAAUACAUACCUCUGAGCCCAUAGCCGUGAACAGAUACCCAUGAAGCCAAUUCCUAGAAUUUGUUUGUUAGUUUAAAGAUGGUAUUUGUAUUUUAUUCUCCUUACUCUUACCUUACUUCCUAUCUUUUCUGCCCCUUUUCCCCAACCCAGCUCCCCUUUUAAUAGUUGUUCGGCUUAUUGUCUGAAAUCUUUCAUUUAGCCACUAUGUCCUUGGUUUUCUCUAAUCUUCUAAUCUUUUUCCAGUCUACAGUCUGCCCCAUAAAGAGAGAUUUGUCCCUAAGGACAUUGUGAGCUUUUAGUCCAAGUCAAACCAAUAAUUUACUUCUCAAAAACAUGUCUUCAGACAUUCUGUCAGCUUUGUUCCUUGAGCACUUAGGAUUCAUGUGAACAUUCCGUGCCAUCACACCAACUCAACUCAACUCAACCAAAUGAUGUCAGAGGCUUCACUGCCAGAAGCACUAUACAGGAUAGACAAAUGGUGUUAAAGUUUCAAAAAUGUUCUAUUUGUGUUACAUGAUUUUAAAAAAGCAUAAAUGAAACUGUGAUAUUCACAGUUAAAUUUGCUUGCAAUGGGAAUCUAUUACUAUAGGAAUCUUUUCAUCACAUCUCCAAAUGAAUGCUGUUGAAUAGUCCCAACUACAGUAAGCCCACUGGAUCAAUUGUUGACUUCACCAGAAAGAUAUUCAGGCAAUGAUUUUUGAAUUCAUCUCAACUGAUUUAUGUGUCUAUGCUAUUAUUCUUUUCCUCUUUUUUGGAGGGGGGGCAUUCAAUACUACAAGUCAAUCCUAUUUUCCUAUUUUGGGGUAGAAUUACAUCAUCACAGGUUUCUGCAAGCAUAGCACAAAGAUCUUUUAUGGUGAUGUGUUGAUCUAGUCCAGUUGCUCUCAAUGUUUGGUCCUGCAGAUAUUUUGGACUUCAUUUCUCAUAAUUCCUGAGAAUUCUGCAUACUGGUUGGGACUUCCAGCAGUUGAAAUCCAAAACAUCAGGAAUACCAAAUAUUGAAAACCACUGAUCUUGUCACAAGUUGUUCUUUUCUGAAAAAUAUUUCCAGAUAUUUUUAUUUUAUUUCCCUUGCCCUCUUUGAAAAAAGGACCCCUUGCUAUCUUGUUCUCUGGAUAUUCUACAACGUAUAUUGUGACAGCCAUCAUUCACCCCUCGUAAUGUCUUGGGCUAUAGUUUGGCCUGCAGAUCGUGAAUGAGACAGCAUUUUCCACAAAGAGUCAACUAUGCUACUACUACUGCCAAUGUGAAGACUCACCCUUCCCUCUUGGGAAAAAAUGGAAUUUCCCCCCUCUCCGAUUAGUGCUUUCUUUAAAUUUUGCGGGCUGUAAUCUGCAAUCACUUCUAUGAAGAAAGACCUUUUGAAAAACCAAUGUUUUCUCACAACAGAAAGGGGUCCUUAUUGCCACUGCACAUUGCUACAAAUAUCCCUUAAGCCAGCACAAGUGUUAUGACAGAGUAAAUCAGCAAGAAUAUUCUAACUCCUUUUUAUACAUAGGGCAGAGUAUUUUGCAAGAUUAUUUGUACAUGGGUGUAGGUAGAACAUUUAGAUUAAGCAUCUCCAGAAGUUUAGAAGACAAGGACAGGAGGGGGGCUUUUAAUGCAACUGUGAAGAUUAACUCACUCUGAACUAAAUUUAUUUAAUGGGGUGGAGGGCAUGGCAGAGCAGUGACAAAGUCUUACAAAUUUUCAUAGUUACAAAUUGUUCCAUGUAGGGAUCAUUAGACUCAUAUUUUUGUCUCAAUAUUUUAAACAAAAUGAAUAGUGUUACUUUUAGCUUCAAGAUAAUUUUGUGGAUUCUGGAGGAAUUUUAUUAGUUUACAACAUUCAGUUGUGAAGGCUUGGCUGGCUCUGAUUUGAAUUGAUUACGUGAUAACUGGUGUUCCAUGAGUUUCAAACGAAAUUGAUCUGCAUUUUUUGCCUCCAUCUAGUUCAUGUUGUCAUCAAUUUUAAAACUUACAUAUAGAUAUUUGAUGUAGAUAAAUUGCUAUCUGUCGCUAGAUUAUGGUCACGAUCCAAAGACAUGCUUUUAGUCUGCUACAAAGUUUCAAUUUUCCACCAGGAUUUUGAUCCAUUUUAAAUAAAUAAUAAAUAAUAGCCCUUAAGAUUCACAAGUAUGGUUGACAGAAGACUGUACUAUGAAAGAAAAUGAAUGAAAAUUCCUGUUAUGCACAGAGUGAGUUUCAUAACCGCAUUGUGACGUGUGGAGUUAAUCUAAAUUAAAGGACAUUGUUAGUGAUGUAUCAUUUCUCCCAUGUUCUACUUUGUACAUGCCCUUACCACUCAUAAGCACUGACUUUCUAAGCAAUAUUAACCUCACUGGUAGUCAUAUUUGUUAAUAAAAGUUAUAAUACAUUUA